AUGCUUCGACAUUGCCAACAGUCAAACAAUCGAAUUUUCUUUCCUGUUUACACGUUGAAUGGUUUGAUGCAUCCGGUUGAGAUCAAGGUUUGGCAAAUGAAUGACACCACGUAUGCUGCCCAGCCUGAUUGGCGCAAAUUACGUCGUUUUUCUGUUUUUGUUGGAGGAAUUCCUAGAACUUGUACUGCAGCUACGCUCGCUUAUGCAAUUGAAGAUGUUAUUGGGCCUGUUGCUUACUGUGCAAUUGAACUUGACCCGAAUCAUUUCUAUCCUAAAGGGGCUGCCUGCGUAGUUUUCAGCACAAAAGAAUCGUAUAUUAAGGCGAUAGCUGCACACGAAGUUAUUCUUUCAUUUGGCUCUUUUGAACGAAAGGUCGAAUUGAAAGCGUUUCUUGCAUCAAAUAUGCCUUGUGAAAAGUGUGGAAUUACUAACGGGACUCGUUUUUGCAACGAAAUCAUUUGCCUUGCCUAUUACUGUGUCAAUUGCUGGAAAAUGGUUCAUGUUCGUCCUUCGAUGAGUAGCCACACCCCGUCAAAACGUCACGUUAAAGGAGGAGGAAGUGGAGAAAGUCCAACACAAUCAUAAAUUUAAAAUUGAGGUUUUUUGUUUUUGCCAACUAUUACAUAUAUUUUAAUACUUUCAUUUCUCUCUCUCUCCCUAAUUUCAAUACUACUAAAAUCAAAAAAUUUUUGAAUUUAAAAUGAUUUUUAUGUCCAAAAAAUGUUCCUGCCUUUCCAAAAAAUAUUUUUUUAAUUUUUUCCGCUCUUUCUGCUCU